UAGACAAACCAAGCCAAAUGCAUACAUAUUCUGGACAACUUUCCAUGUAUAAAGCAACAAUAUCACCUCGUUUAAGUCCUUGCUCUUUGAAAUAAUUGGCAAUUUGGUUGCUAAGCUGUUCUACCUAAAAACAAUUAAAAAGAAAUGGAAAAUCCAAAACAUUCAUCUUUUAAGCCGUUGGAAGUUAUUUGGAACAGAAAUACCAGUACUCAUAACCCAAAAUUAUUACCAGAAUUAAAAGGAAUUAAUAUAGAAGAUAGUGUUGAAAAAGUUAAAAAAUCGGUUAAAUCUCUGGAUGUCAAAAUUAACGAAAAUAAAAUAGAACAUGUUCACAAACGUGUAAAAAGAAGUUUGUUCCAAGAAAAUAAAAAUGAAAAAGUGUACAAACAUUCAAGUCCAAGAGAAAAUAAGAAACCUUCUGAAACUUUUGAUUAUGCAAAUAACUUAAGAAAAAGAACUUAUAACAUAAACAAAACAUCUCAAUUAAAUUUACCUACUCAGUCCUCCCAAAUUAUAUCAAAUCGAAAGAGAAUAAUAAGAAAUCAAGAUUUUACAAUUCAUAAAUCGAAAAAGUGUUUAUUUCAAACAAAAAGUGAAUUUUCGUCGUUACAUACUGUUAAUGAUGCACCGGUCAUCAAGUCAUCGCAUAAUAUGGAUCAACAAAAUUCACACACUAAAGGUUUUGAUUAUUCUAAAUCUCCCGUGAUUAUGUCAAAUCGACAACGGUACGUUAAGUACAGUAAUUUGGAUAAGACUAAUAUUUCUAGUUACGAUAGUUAUAAGUGUUUGUUACCAAUUGUACAAGCACCAGAAAAUUUAAAUGAAAAAUAUAAAAAUAUAAAUACGCAAAUAAGUAGAAUAAACUCUGUACAUUCUGAAGAUAUUAUUGAAUCAUCCGAAAAAAUUACAUCACCUAUAAAGAAAAACGAAAAAAAAAAUAAAAACUGGAUUUAUAAUAAAAAAACUAACAUCAAGAACUAUACUAGUGGGAGUAAAGUAUCAGAAUAUAAAACAUUAGACUAUGGAAAAAGUAAAAUAAAUUUACCAAAAAAUGAAAUUCAGAAAAGUACUGAAACAACAUCAACCAUUGUCAAAAAUGAAUUUUUCAAAAGUAAAAUUAAUUUUGAUUCUAUAGAUAUUAUCAAUACAGAAAAUAUUUUGGAGUAUCCUGUAACUGAAUUAAAUAUAAAAAGUUACUGCACAGAACAUAAAAAAUCAACAAUUGUAUCACAAGAACAUCAAAAUCGAAGACCAGCAGAAUCGUGUAUAAUUAAUGACGAUAAUCAAAGAUAUCAUUCCAAUACUUCUUUAGAACAUUCACCUUUGAACACAAAAGAACUGGCCAAAAAUACAGCUAAAGAAUAUUCAAAAAUAAUUAUGCCUUAUAGAGCAAAACUUUUUAAUCAGAAUAAAGACAAUAUUAUAUCGUUUGUACAUUCUUCCGAAAUAAACGUAAUCCCUGCCACUCCUGAACAUGAAUCAAUUAAUUUGGAGAAUUCCACAAUCCAAUACUCUCCUGAAACCAUUUUAAGUCCAUACGUUCCAUUGAUUGAAGUCGAUCAAUCGCCUACAACUCCGCAUGAAAAGAAUUGUCAGAUACUCAUUCAAUCUGUCCAAACUCCACCUAAUAUUGAUGGCACAACAGUACCAAAUUUUUUUGAACCUAUAGCUUCCCCAAUACAGUCUUUUGUCAAUGAACUGCCAUUUAAAAUUGACGCCGUAGAAUCACCUAGAGCUAUCCACGAAAAUGAUAUUAUUUUUUCACCCGAAAUAAAUAGAAGAAAAUCAAAAAAUAGCCCAUCAUCACCAAAUCGUUUUGACUCUGCUAAAAAACGUAAAAAAAUGUGUAAGGAUGGAUUGAGAGGAAAAUUUCGAGAUCUUAUUAACCGUAAAAAAUCUGAAGCCCGUAUUCGAGAAUAUGAGAAAAGCUUGUCUAAAAGUUAUAAGCCAAAUCAAGGUGAAACUGCAUUAUUAAAUGUUAUUGAAGCAUGGAUGGAAUUUAGAAUGAUUGUCCUACUUUGUGACUACAUGAAAUCUGAUAAGGAAGUUCAAAAAGUGUUAGUUAUUCUAGACAAUUGUUCUAUAAAUGUUGCCAAGAAUAGUAUAAUACGUAUAUACUCUCCAUGGUUGACAAUUAAAUCAGAAAUUGCUGAAUUAUUGUUGUUUGUUGGCAUCAUUCACGCUGAAGUAAUUGAAUUCUCAGAAUCCAUCUCUAGGCCUCUCAAAGGAAAUUUUACAGAUGCCAAUGGAUUAUUGACAACUGUAUUUCAAAAUAAAAUGUUAUGGAAAUGCAAUUGUUCUAAAGACGCUGCUUGUCAAUGCUUGGGAGAAUUAAGUGUUUACAGUUAUUUGCAGUACAUGAUCCCUCAUUAAAAUGUAUUCAUUACAAUUUAUAAAGUUACUUAAAAUAUUUUUAUUACUCUUAGUUAAUUUUACAAUCAGAUAAUUUACUGAUCUAUAUUUUUAUGAUACUGUUAUUUGUAUUUAAAUUUAAAUUUCAUUAUUAUUGUUAUAUUUAUUAUAUGAAAUUAAUUAUAGAAUAUUUUAUAAAAAACUGUUUUUACUUAGUGUUAUAGAUAAUUAAAUUUAAAUUUAUAUAUUUAUAUGUAUUUUAUUAUCUUUCAAUCUAUGUAUUGGUAUUUUAUUGUGAAAAUAAUAUGUAUUUUUAUUAAUAUGUUAUGAGAAAUUUAUAAAACGCAACACAAUAUACACUUAAAAUUUAUUUUUAUCUAUCUUUGUUGCCGUAUUUAUACUUGAAUAAAAAUUGUAAUAAAUAUUAAUAAUAUAAUUUUUUAACUUAAUUAUCAAGAAA